GCGUUAAACCUUAAAAACAAACAUCAACCAGAUUUGGGGUUUAAAAAGGAACAAGCGCGACGGAAACGCACAUAACUGCUUUGAGAAUGGCGGAAAUCUGAGGCCGGGAAAGCGAAGAGUUGGAAGAAGUUGCCAUAACUUCAGAGGCAGUGAACUUGGAGGGAGGAGUUUACUAAAAAGUCGCACUUUUGGAACCACAGGGUAUUGUCUGAAGUCUGAACAAUCUUGCUGGAGUAGAACCGGGAAAGUCUUAGAUCACUGCAUUGCUUGGCGUUUUUUUUACUGUUGCUACUGCUAUGGCUACGGCCAAGAUUCGGAGGAGUAGCUUCUCUCGAAACCUUUCCACUGCAGCCCCAUCUCUAGGCCCUGGACUUAUGUGUGGGCCUAAUGGCACGGUCUUUCUAUCUUCUGGGAUACCCGACCUUGACAAGGUACUGGGUGGUGGGUUCCCUUUGGGAAGCCUGGUUAUGGUGAUGGAAGAUGCAGAAGCACCACAUCACAUGCUUUUGUUGAGGAAUUUCAUGGCUCAGGGACUUGUUCACGGUCAACCUCUUCUCUAUGCUAGUCCAGCCAGAGAUCCAAGGGGAUUUUUGGGUACUUUGCCCAGUCCUGCUGUAUCCAAAGAUGACAAAUCCCGGGAACCUGAUCCAAAUCAGGAGAAAGGUCUGAGAAUUGCUUGGCAGUAUAAGAAGUAUUUUGGUGAAAAUCAGCUCACUUUUGAUGGCCAAAGAGAUGGAAAACGUGAGUACUCUAAUGAAUUUGACUUGCGGAAGCCCCUAGAGAGGCACUUAAUCAAUGGCCAGCGCAUAGAUUGUGUUAGCAUCCAAGAUUUUUCUGACCUUUCCACUCUUCAGGAUCGAUGUGCAACAUUUUUAUCUCAGUUCCCGCGAAAUGAUGGCAGCAUUUCUUGUGCUGGUCGUAUCGCUAUUCAAUCAUUUUGUUCUCCACAGUGUGCGUAUUCCAACAUGGAGUGGGAGAUACUUUCAUUUAUUAGAUCUCUCAAAAGCACGGUACAGUCUUUGAAUUCGGUAGCCAUAAUAACCUUUACUCCUUCCCUUCUUUCACCAUCCUUCUGUAAAAGAUGGCAGCACAUGGCAGACACGUUGCUUUCAGUCAAAGCAAUUCAAGAUGAAGACAAGGAGUUGGCACUACUACUCACUGGUUACCAAGAUAUGGUUGGCUUUCUGAAUGUGCACAAAGUGGCACGCAUCAACACACAGGUUCCUGUGAUUCUCGAGGCAACAACCUUCUCAAUCAAGUUGCAGAAGCGUCGGUAUUUGGUUUUAGAAUGCUUAAAUCAGGCCCCUGUCGAUGGUUCGAGUGGAACUUCGUACGGCACAUCAGGUAGUUGCUCUAGUUCCUCCAAAACAGGGAACCUCGAUUUUUAACUGCAUAGUUCAGAAUAAUCGAACACGAUAGCAAGAAAAGAGAAACAGUCGGAAAUCAAGAACACAAUUUGUUGCUGCCAAGGAUUUUCCAAAAGCAAGCAAGCCCAAGAGCAGUUGAGAACCAACCAGCGAUGCCAACACAGAACACCACUGAGUAUUGCUGGAAUUGUAGAUUGACAUUUUUCCAUAUAAGAAUUUAUGGUCAUGUACCACACAACAGCUUAGAAGUUUAUGCAAAACAUGUUUAUUAAUUAAAGUUUGAGUA